CGCAGUAUUUUUGGUUGUCUUGUUUGCUAGACUUUUGCCACCAUGAAUCUGCAUACCUGAUGCCUAAACUAUUCUCCGAUGGUAAAUGGUCUCCGAGUUGCUACAUGAUGGCGAGGAGCAGCAGGGCAAAGCAUCUUGUCUUCAUCAAUUGCAAGUUAUAGUGUCAACUGCAGAUGAGUUUCUUGAUUCAGAACUCCUUAUAUUUCUUACAGUGCGUUGUUGUUUUGAUGUCUGUGCAGUUGAUUAUAAUCGACAGAGCAAGAAUCUUCCCAGCAACAGUUGCAGUUAAUGGGUACAGACCUGCACCUUCAGGCGGGGAAUGAAUGGCGAAAGAGAAGGUGCAGAGGAGGAAUCACCCAGCUCAUGCCAGACCCCAGGAAACGCCAAGGUUCCCCUGGCACCUCAACAAAAGCCUGAAGACGAGGCCAUGUCGCUCUUAGUACGGACCAUGGACAUCUUCCACAUGUAUCUAACGUUCAACGUGACCACAUGCAACAAGGUGACGAGCAUCCUGUGCACCACCACCGCGCUCCCAGUAACAAGCGCAGAAACAUCCUCACACUUGCAGUCCAUGUGGCCUCAGACCCUCGACCCCUCCUCCCACCUUAUAAAGCCCUCUUCUCCAUUCCCCCACUCCCGACUACGUCCGUCUCUUCCUCCGCUCCGCUUCUCCUUUCCAUCCUCUUCUCCUAUUCUCCAACGUGUCCGCCUCGCCGCCGCCUCCGCCAUGGAGUCAGUCGCCGAGUGGGGCCUCACCCCUCUGUCCGCCGUCGACCCGGAGAUCCACGAUCUCAUCGAGCAUGAGAAGCACCGCCAGUCCCACGGUAUCGAGCUCAUCGCCUCCGAGAACUUCACCUCCUUCGCCGUCAUCGAGGCCCUCGGCAGCGCCCUCACCAACAAGUACUCCGAGGGCAUGCCCGGCAACCGCUACUACGGUGGCAAUGAGCACAUCGACGCCAUCGAGAACCUCUGCCGCUCCCGCGCCCUCGCCGCGUUCCGCCUCGACCCUGCCAGGUGGGGCGUCAAUGUCCAGCCCUACUCCGGCAGCCCCGCCAACUUUGCCGCCUAUACCGCCCUUCUUAACCCCCACGACCGCAUCAUGGGCCUCGACCUCCCCUCCGGCGGCCAUCUCACCCACGGAUACUACACCUCCGGGGGAAAGAAGAUCUCCGCCACCUCCAUCUACUUUGAGAGCCUGCCCUACAAGGUCAGCUCUGUCACCGGCUACAUCGACUACGACAAGCUCGAGGAGAAAGCUCUCGACUUCCGCCCUAAGCUCAUCAUCUGCGGCGGGAGCGCGUAUCCUCGAGACUGGGACUACGCAAGAUUCAGGUCCAUUGCUGACAAGUGCGGCGCAUUGUUGCUGUGCGAUAUGGCUCACAUUAGUGGCCUCGUGGCCGCUCAGGAAGCUGCAAAUCCCUUUGAGUCCUGUGAUGUGGUUACAACCACCACUCACAAGAGUCUCAGAGGACCGAGAUCCGGCAUGAUCUUCUUCAGGAAGGGCCCUAAGCCUCCAAAGAAGGGACAGCCAGAAGACGCUGUCUAUGAUUUCGAAGAUAAAAUCAACUUUGCUGUGUUCCCAGCCCUCCAAGGUGGUCCUCACAAUCACCAGAUUGCUGCUUUGGCUGUUGCAUUGAAGCAGGCAACUUCACCUGGAUUCAAGGCCUAUGCCAAGCAGGUCAAGGCCAAUGCGGUUGCUCUUGGAAACUAUCUGAUGAGCAAGGGAUACAAACUGGUGACAGACGGAACUGAGAAUCAUCUUGUCCUUUGGGAUCUCCGACCUCUUGGCUUGACCGGAAACAAGGUUGAGAAACUUUGUGAUCUUUGCAAUAUCACCGUCAACAAAAAUGCUGUUUUUGGUGACAGCAGUGCAUUGGCUCCUGGAGGUGUACGAAUUGGUACUCCUGCCAUGACCUCAAGGGGCUUGAUUGAGAAGGACUUUGAGCGGAUAGCAGAGUUCCUUCACCAGGCAGUAACCCUUUGUUUGAGCAUUCAGAAGGAACAUGGGAAGCUGCUGAAGGACUUUAACAAAGGCUUGGUGAACAACAAGGAUAUCGAGGAACUCAAGGCAGCGGUGGACAAGUUUGCUUCCUCAUUCCACAUGCCUGGCUUUCAUAUGUCUGCCAUGAGGUACAAGGAGUAGGCAGCUAAUCACAUCCAAGAUCUGCUCUUUUGGUUUUGCAGUUGCAGAUCUUUUCUUUUUGUUCCAGCUAUUUUCUUUUCUCUAUGAUGUGCCAUUGGAGGUAGCAUAUUUCUUUAACCUAAGAAUGGAUUCCAUGUUCUGAUUCUAGGUCAUGGUUCUCUGGUAAUAAACUUAAUUUAGCGGUCUGUUGAUUCA